AUGAACAAUCCACCACCCAUCCCCAUCGCCAGCCAGGCUCAAGACAUCGACCUCGGCGAAUACCGCAGCGACGGAACAGGAGAAGAAUGUUUCAACCUCAUCACAGUCAAAUAUCAGACGGAAGACUUUCUCGAGCACUUGACGCACAUCUUUAACACGCGUGGCUACGCACUUACGGCGUUUGGCCACUAUGUCAGAUUUGUCAACUCUCCGCCCAAAGGUUACACGGCAUACUGGCGGCACCGAAAGCUUACUCUGCCUGAAGAUCCCCAAUACUUGACGAUCGGCGAUAUCUACGUGUACGGACACCCGUCCAAAAAGCCCUUCAAGACAGUCGCACGCUUUGGACAGCAUCUCGUCAGUAUCGUGCUGGGCGACCUGGAAAACUGCAAGUGUGAUCUUUGUGACGGGACUGGUCCACUACCUUCCAACCCUCGGUACCCUGCUGAUAUCAAAGUGCCUGUUAUGCACGGAGAU